UCCUCCGCCGUAAACAGCUGCGCGCAUGCGCGUCUAGUCUCGGAGAGUCAGAGGCAGACAGAGCGAGACCAAAGAGCAAAGAAGAAAAAGAAGAAAACAGUAUAUAUUUAAAAGAAAUAAAUAAAAUAGGAUUGCAAAGAAAGCAAACUUGGAAGAAUUACGAGUGUGCAGCGGCAUCAUCAGCGAGAGGACCUUCACCGAGACACUACACCAUAUACACACACUAAAGACAACACACUACACCCAGAUCACCUCCGAGCCCAUUUUGAUGCUAUACGAGCACUUGGCGAAAUAUCUGACACUCCGUCAUGGCCUCUGUCUCCAAAACCUCCGAGCUGGACAUCCCAGAUAACCACCAGGAGAGCUGGCAGACUCUGCUCGCAGCCGCCGAGGCGUACAGCCAGAAGUCAGGCUGCGACCUGGCCAUCCUGACCGCCUGCAGGAAGUUCCUUCCAUCCGGCGUCGAGGGAGACGGCGCGAAAAAGAGAGAAGGGGGCGGAGCCGUGACGGCAGGGGGCAGGAAGUGGGAUUACACCUAUCACGUGUGGGGGCAGGGGGCGCUCGCCGAGGCGUCACGCCGGUACCUGGACGACAUCGCCGUUCUCCAUUCCACCACGGUGCUGACCACACAGAGACACACCCGCCUCGCUGCCGGAGAGGGCGGGGCUAAACUGGGCGUGGACAUUCCCUCAGACAGGCCGACCUCAGUGGGAGAUGGAGGUUCUGGUUCAUUGAGUCCAGGACUGAGACUUUACUCUCAGAGCUACCCGUCCAUCUACAGUCCUGCGCCGGUCAGCGUCCUCCCCUCUGUCCAGCAGGGGAACGGAGGGAGAGAGAGAGACAGAGCGGCAUUGGAGGAGGUGGAGAGAGCAAGGGAGAGGGCAGGCAUCGUGGACCUGGAGGAGGAAGAGGAGGAGGACGGAGAGGAGGACGACAUGGAUGGACGCAGACGGAACCUCAAUGAGUCGACAGGCGUGUUCUCCAUGGAUGAAGAUUCUCUGUCUCACGACUGUGAGCCGUUUUUCGAGUCGGACGCUGAAGAGGAAAGCACAGACGGUUCUCUGAGCGAAGAAGCUCCUCCUCCUCCACGAGGUCUGGCCAUGGGUCCCUCGCUUCUGUCUCGCUCGUCUCAUCCCACGGCCUUGGCUCGCUCGCUGCCCGUCUCCGUGCCUGUGUGGGGCUACAGGAACAACCGAUCAGCACAGGGCGACUCCCACAGCGGAGAGCGGGUGGGCUGUGCAGAUCUGGAUCACAUUGCUGCCAGCAUGAAAGCUCUUCUGGCUCCAGCAGCCACCGAUGGGACGGAGAUGUUCGGAGCUCUGCCUCGGCCUCGACUCAACACGGGCGACUUCUCUCUCAAGCACUGAUGAUGGACGUGUGUGUGUGUGUGUGUGAUAGGCGUGUGUGUGUGCGUGUGUGUGAGAGAGAGAAACGGUAUUCUGAGAGACGUGACGUGUGUGAGAGAAAACAAACUGGGAUGUAAAUACGAAAAGCCCAACUUUUUUUUUUUUUUUUUUUUUUUUUACGAGGCAGGAGGAAAACCCAAGUUUUGAGAUCUUACAGAUCCGUAAUCGAGUCAUUUCUGAGAUCAGUGUUUGCCUUUUUCUGAAGCUGUGACUAAAUGAAGCUGAGCGUGUGUGUGUGUUUAGAGAGGAUCCAAGAUGAAAAGGAAAGUUUCAAUAGGAAAAAAAAAGUUCACAAGGUUUUUUUUUUUUUUUUUUUAAACGUUAAAAUCCACGUUCAGGAUGAAAAGCUCGGAGAUCUGAUACAUGAUACGCUGUGGAUAUUUACGGAACCUAAUCACCGUUAUAUCCUUUUACACAGUGGUUUAUUAACUCCGUUUUUUAAUCCUUUGACAUCAUGCUCAUAUCGUCCAAUCAUUUUCCAGCAUUGUCCCACUUCAUAUUCAUACACGGUAUGAGGGGCUUUCAUUUUAGUUCCCCUCCACAAAUAAUACAUAUCAAAACCUUUUCUCUCGCUCUUUUUUUCUUCUUUUCCCUACCAUAUUGCAGAUGUUCUUGUAAUUCGGAUCGGAUUCGGCGGUUAAUAUUUUUCCGAUCUGCACGUGAACGAUGACGACGUUUCUGGUCUGGGGAAUUGUGUGGACAAGCGUCUCUCGUCGACGUCAAAAGGACGGGAGGAGAAAAAAAGACUGAAAAGUCUAGCUUUUUAUUCGAAUCUAUUUUCGUUUGCGAUGUUUGCUCGCUUUGUUAUUAGCGGUUCUGUCGCUAAACUAGAUUUCAGGUGUCAGCACUUCGUCCUGUGUCCACGUGUUGCUUUUGGUCACGUGACCGAAUCCUCGUGCCGAUUCUGCACGAUGCAAAUUUACACACUGACGCUGAAGGGUUUUGUGACUGUGAACGAGAAACACUAUGUUCUUUACAGAUCGAAACACUACGCUCCCAUUCUUCUGAGGUGUUUUUUUUUUUUUUUUGCAUUGCGCCAUCUGGUGGUGUGAGUGACGAUGACGGUGUUAAUUAUUCAUUCACAUCAUGUGCUCAGUGUUUAAACAAAUGUUUAGAAUAAAAAAACGAUCCAUUGUU